ACGGAAGUCUUUCUCUUUGUUAUGUAGACACGAAAGGAACUUCUAUUUCUCAUUCUAGACCUCAGUAUGUUGUCUGAUUCUUAUCUUUUCUUCUUAUCUGUUUUGAUUGUGCCGCCCUUCUCCUCCGAUAGGACUCUCCACCGCCAUUGACUGUUCCUCAUGCUUAUCGGAUAUCUUCACUUGAUAACUCCUCCGCUCUAUUCCAUUGUUGCAUUCCAAUCGAACGAUGAGGUAUACAUAACACGCGUAUGUCAUCCAUCCCCACUAUUCUCUCGACUUCUGCCACCGGAAGCAAACCACCAGUCACCACAACAUCUUCACCACCCCUUUAUCCAAUACAAUAUCGGCUCCUCAAAUCUCAUCCAUCUUGAAGCGCAAACAGGCGGCCUGCCACGCCUAUUUCAUCAGGGAUUGGUUUUUUUUUUUGUGCGAUGCUUUGCAAUCAGCGUGAAAGAGGGCUGA